UCCGCCCAUAUUUAUGUAAAGAGCGACCUCCAUACAGGCCGAGACGAGGGAGAGGAGUGAACGAGGAAGAAAUAGAUAUAUCUCCGUCCUGUCCUCGGGGUUAUAACCGCGAUACAUGUGCGACAUCGGGCUCGUAGAGUUCACACAGCGGUUCAUAUUAUAAAAAUGGCAAGAUCGGGUUUUAACAGAGGACUAUAACCUGCUCUUAACUUUUUAUUCGCCUUUUUCUGGCUCGGACGCGGAACUUACAACACCAAAGGUGAAGAAUGACGGAAUAUAAGCUGGUGGUGGUCGGAGCUGGAGGCGUUGGAAAAAGUGCUCUGACCAUCCAGCUCAUCCAGAACCACUUUGUAGAUGAAUAUGACCCUACUAUAGAGGACUCGUACAGGAAGCAGGUGGUGAUUGACGGAGAGACGUGUUUGUUGGACAUCCUGGACACAGCAGGUCAGGAGGAGUACAGCGCCAUGAGAGAUCAGUACAUGAGGACAGGGGAGGGCUUCCUCUGUGUAUUUGCCAUUAAUAACACCAAGUCUUUUGAGGACAUUCACCACUACAGAGAGCAGAUUAAGAGAGUGAAAGACUCUGAGGAUGUGCCUAUGGUCCUGGUGGGAAAUAAGUGUGACCUGCCAUCCCGCACAGUGGAUACCAAGCAGGCUCAGGAUUUAGCACGUAGCUAUGGAAUUCCUUUCAUCGAGACCUCGGCAAAAACGAGACAGAGAGUGGAGGAUGCCUUUUACACUCUGGUCCGGGAGAUCAGGCAAUACAGACUGAAAAAACUCAGCAAAGAAGAAGAGACGCCGAGGUGCAUCAAGCUUAAAAAAUGUGUUGUGAUGUGAGUGGGGGGGUUGAUGAUGCCUUUUAUACUUUAGUCCGGGAAAUUCGGAAGCACAAGGAGAAGAUGAGCAAGGAGGGCAAGAAGAAAAAGAAGAAGUCCAAGACAAAGUGUAUAGUAAUGUGAAUAAUGCCUCCAUUUCAGUAUCGACUCUGAACAGCUGAAAUAUUAAAGAACUGCAUUUUGUACAUUACACUAAAUUAUUAGCCUCUUCAGAGUACAGAAUGGAUUCCUAUUUUCCUUCAUUUGCUAUCUUACAAACAAGUUCUUCCUUGUCUAGUGCCAGAUGCCCCAAUGUGUUGGUCCUGAAUUACUUUGUAAUGUUAAAUUACAGCCAACAAUGAAAUUGUAUUGCCGAUAGAUUCAUUUUUUCUCUGGCUAUUUUUCCUCAGUACUCACCUAGAGCUUGUCGUUUAGCAGAUAGAAUGAGAAUAGAAGCAACUAGCUUUCUGUACUCCAGAAUCCUACGGAUUAAUGGAUGUUUUGAUGUGGAUCUGUGGAGGAGUGUUUUGUGCAGUAUAAAUUAAAGGACAUCCAAUUGCAGUUUGCCACACAUAAUACUAAUAGCACAGUGAACUUUGCAUAUAAGUAAGUUCCUGUUCCAUAUUCAGUUCAAUUCAUUUAAUGUUGUACAGGAAUGACCCCAUAAUUCUUAAAUCUGAUUUGGUUAUAUGAUGUAAUGAACAGUAUAUAUCCUUCUAUAAUAUUCCUAUGUAGGACCAACACUAUUUGGGGUAAUAUUUUGAUAUCUCCACCACUGUGUAACAGAUGGUUUAUCUAUCUGGGAUGUCAGAUUUAUAUUAACCUGCAUGUGAACAUCCAUAGUAGUCAACUUUAAGCCUUUGAUAAUGUGUGUGGAUGGUAACCUUUUAACCCCGAUCAGCGUUUUCGUUUGCAUGCUGUUCUUUGUGUAAUUUCCUGAAAAAAGACUAGGAAAUGUUCAAAUUCUGUGUUAAAACAGGCCCUGUUCUCCAGGUGGGAAAAUCUUACCCAAUCGAGUGUUUUUUUUAUUUUUUAUUUUUCUCUCCUUUUCCCUUCUGGAGAUGUAUUUCUUUCAGUGUUCUGUUUCAUUUAAUGAUUGUCCACAUUGAAUUAGCCUAGAGAUUAAUGAUAAUAGCUAAAAUUUGAAACUAAAUGCUACAUUAGAGUAAAAAUCAGUCUAGCUGGUGGGUUUACACGUUUUCUUACUUAUUACAGUUUGUUAUUGAAUUUGUAAGAAGUUGUAAUGUUUGAUUAUCCAGCAAAGGCUUUUCAAGAUAAGUCUGCAGUAUGUGAUUCUCCCUGUUAUACUCAGCCAAAUGCCUUUUUAUGAAAAUGUAACCAACCACUACUAAUAAUUCAGUAAUAAUAUUGAAUAUUAUUUAUCUACUGAUGACAAAAAAAAAAAAUCAAGGCCAAAACAGGACUUAUGGCUCAAAUAGCCAUGUAAAUGGCUUCCAAAGGAGACAAAACUGACAACCCAAAAUGUCUGUCUAUUUCUUGUUCAUUUAAACCCAAAAGGCUGGUUGAAUAUGAAGGGCAAUGCCGACGAUAAAAACACGUCAUUUUGGAGAGCUGUUAAAAACAAUGUUGCCUUUUUGUAUUUAUGGUUUGUCCUCUUUUGUAGGUCCUUAAUCAGUGCAUUUUCAUGUAUUCCAUCAUAGUAUAUGAAUGAAACGACCUGAUCUAUUACUAAUGCUGCAUCUUCAAAGAGGCAAACACAUCAAAUAAAUAAACAAAUUCAGGAUAACUGUUAUUAUGCAAUGCUAAUCCAGGUAAAGGCUGUUCUAAGCUCUUCUGUUACCUCUGUCCCAUUAAGGUGUGGUAACUUGAUUUCACUCUGUAUUCAAUUUAGCAGUCAUUUUUGUCUCUCUCCCCAUCGCACUCUUAUUGUCUCUUUCUCUUCUGUUUGUGAUGUGCCAAUGGAGAAUGUUCUUAAAAUACUUCAUGUAUACCUGGAGUGUAUUUUAACAACCUUUGUACAGUUGUGAUACAGAAAGAUGCAUAUUUUGUAAAUUGUGCUUUAGGUGAUUUUUUUUUUUUGUUAAUAAAUGUCACUUUAAUAGAGCUGAAA